AAAAUCGCGAAACAACAAAGAUGAUGUUUACUACUACGAUCGUGAAUGAAUGUUUUUAAAAUCGGAAACUGCCUCUAUUGCUUGUAAUGCUAACUGAAGAAAACUUUCAAGGUGCGUCUCUAAAAAAAUAAGCACAGACGAUGAGCGCUACAAGUCAACAAAUUGAGAUGUCACCCGGUACCAAGCAAACUGCAAACCCCGGAUCCGAACCACACCAGCCAGAUGUUGAGAUACAAAAUGUUACCACGGAUCCUCCAGUAUAUGAAACCCUAUGUGAAAGAAUAAUUUGUUUGCUAGAAGGAUCAAUAAUUAGUUUUAUUUCUGCAGUUUGUUGCACUGUGAGUCUCGGGAUUUUCAUGUUGCUUCCUAUUUCACUGCUUGUUAUAGCUAUUGGUGUUAAAUACAUGGAUCAGUGUCCGAUAGAGCCUGCCAUUCCCAAAUACUUAAUCGCAGCAGGAAGCUUAGACUCUGCUGGCGUCCUGAUCAACUUAAUCCUGAGAUUAGCGAAAGUAGAUAAGAUGAGGGCCGACAAGGUGCAGAAACGUGUCAAUGUAGUGGGGAUGUUUUCCUGUAUUGCAGGCGGAGUGUUUGUCUACAAAAUUUACCGUGACGUCAGCUACGAUCCCACACACCCUAACAAAUAUUGCAACGAGGCUGUGUUUUUGUUUGCGUUUUGGUACACGGUUUCUGUUUAUGCGAUUCUGGGGCUAAGUUUAUUGUUUGGAUGUGCAUUGUGCAUGUUCGCGUGUGCGUUUUCAAUUGCUCAAUAAGUUAUUUUUAAACUUGUCAAAAACCUGGUGUGUGGGGAGGGGGGGGGAUGAGGUUAAGAUAAGAUUAUAUUAGAUAAACGUAUUUAGAUAUCCAUCAUUUUAAAAGCACUUAAAUGUAACUAGCAAUUUGUAUCAUUCAAAU